ACGGAUCAAUCAUCCGCCCUGUCGGCCGCGUAUAUAAAGCAUUUGGCGCUGCUUUUUGCCAGCGACAGUUCGCAUCCGACCGCCGACCAAAAGAAAAAUACCGCCAUUAUGAAGGUUCUGUGUAGUGUCCUGAUCCUCGCCAGCGUUCUGGCUGCUCAAGCCAUGCCCAAUGUGCAGUUGCAACUCCAGAGUGCCUUGGACAAGUAUCUGGUGCAUGCCCGCGACCUUGACACCGUCAUCACCCCGGAUGUGACCAGCCAGUGCUUCAGUCUGUAUCUGCCCAUGCUGAACGAGGUGGCCGCCACUUUCUCCAGCUCGUACCAGGAUUGCAUCAGCACCGCCAAUGCCCAGAUCGCCAAUCUGACCGCCGAGGCCACCACUCAGCAGAAGGAAUACCAGCAGGAAGUGUCCACCCUGUGCGGUGCUUUUGCCACUUGCGACAAGGGCAAUGACACCACCACUUUCUUCAACUGCUACGCCAGUGCGGCUGAGGGUGAUGUGUCUACCAUCUAUGACAUUGCCACGAAUGCCGCCAGCUCGGCCAGCAGCCUGAGCAUGGGCAUCAAGGCCGUCCAGGACACCGAGUACCAGUGCACCAAUACCACAGAGAGCAACUACGUCCGCGACACUGCCGCCACCUACGAUCUGCUUGACAACUGCCUCAAGUACGGCGUUCCCACCACAUCCUCCGCCGCGACUGUAGCUCCAACCCUGGCCCCCUCCUCUUCUAGCCCCGCAGCUAGCACCAGCGGGGCUGUUAGCACUCCUGGCGCUUCCACGCCUGUGGCGGUGACCACACCCCGUCCCGGAACACCCGCACCCGUCACUUCUGCCUCGGCCGGAACUCCGGCUUCUUAAGUCUUGCCUUCAGCAAUUCCAACCAAUAAAAGAGCAUUCAAAAAUAAA